GGGAGACAGCUGCAGGCUGCCACUUACCUCCAGCGUUUGUUCUGACGGAGCACUGGUUUGGUUUUAUUGUGUUAUGUGACUUAACCUUCACUGAGAACAUUAAUUCACUCAUCGACCAUUCACCGAGCCCUUCCUCAGUGCCAAAUAAUGCAUAUGUCAUUGAGGUAACUCCAGAGCAACAUGGACACUUGGUCAAGGUCCUUGUCCUCAGGUAGCCCAUUUUCUGGUCAGGCCACAUUAACAUAGAACUGAGACCUUGCCAUUUGACAUGAUAAAUGUGGCACAAACACCUAGGAAGGAACAGCCAGCCCUGAGAGAGAAGAGGACAUUUCAUCUGGAUCUGGGCAGAUGGGGGAGUAUUCACCCGGAGGAGGGAGGAGGGCACCGCCACAGAAGGAACCGCCCAGCCCACAUAAAGGCCAGGAGCCAAGCUGAGAGCUGGGUGUUUAAGGAGCGGUAAGAGCCCCACCAGGCUGUGGGGGAAGGUUCCCCAGGGCGCGGGCUGUGGGGGGCUGGGCUGUGAGGUUGGACUCUGGACAGCGGGGAGCCCGCCAAGCCUUUGGAACAGCAGGACGGCGGGGCCAGAUUUGCACGGGAGCUGAGUGGAGGCUGAGAAGAGGCUGGGACGGAAAGACUGGUGGUAGGGAUUUUCAUCAGUGUUCAGGCGAGCAACGAUGACCAGCAGGUAGACCUGUGAGUGACCGAAUGUCAGGAAAGAGCCAAGGUCUCUGACUGGAUGGUGAUGUUGUGAACCAGAAGAGUUUGUUUUUUGUUUUUUGUUUUAAUACAAAGUAUUUAGUUUGGGACAAAGAAUUUCCUGAGUCUGCUGUAGGUCCAUGUCAAGUCUCCAGCUCUUGAUGGUUUAAACAGUGUGCUCAGUGUUCUGGAUGGAGGUGUUUGGGGUGCAGGGCUGCCUGCCCAGGAUUCCAUGUGGAGAAGAAAAGAGCAGACGUUCCGGUUCCUGUAGUCAGUUUAGAGAAAAUCCCUAAUCUAGUGAAGGCAGAUGGUGCCAAUGUCAAAAUGAACUCAACAACCACUACUGCGGUCACCUCCUGCUCCACCUCGUCCUCUGCCGUCUCCACCCCACCUUUAAUUAAGCCAGUCUUGAUGUCUAAGUCAGUGCCACCCUCCCCAGAGAAGAUCUUAAAUGGCAAAGGAAUUUUGCCCGCCACAAUAGACAAGAAACACCAAAAUGGCACCAAAAACAACAACAAGCCUUACAGGAGACUUUCAGAGAGAGAAUUUGACCCAAAUAAACACUGUGGAGUAUUGGAUCCCGAGACAAAGAAACCUUGCACAAGAUCCCUCACCUGCAAGACACAUUCGCUAAGCCAUCGGAGGGCAGUCCCAGGCCGGAAAAAGCAAUUUGACCUCCUUCUGGCAGAACACAAAGCCAAGUCCCGCGAAAAAGAAGUUAAAGAUAAAGAGCAUCUCCUGACUUCGGCGAGGGAAGUACUUCCAAACCAACCGGGGCCAGCGCAGGACUCUCUGCCAGGACCUUCGGGGAGCUCUGGGCCAGAACCGAAAGUCGCAUCCCCUGCAAAAUCCAGGCCGCCUAACUCUGUGCUUCCUAGACCAUCAUCUGCAAAUAGCAUCAGUAGCAACACAUCUUCAAAUCACAGUGGCUGCACUCCGGAACCCCCACUACCCCCAGCUGGAGGUGACCUCACCAGCCGACUGUCAAGUGAUGAAGGGGAGAUGGACGGAGCCGACGAACCCGAGAAGUUAGACUGUCAUUUCUCUACCCACCACCCCAGACCUCUUGCGUUUUGCUCAUUCGGGAGUCGCCUCAUGGGACGAGGGUACUAUGUGUUUGAUAGAAGAUGGGAUCGUUUUCGAUUCGCACUAAACUCCAUGGUAGAAAAACACUUGAAUUCCCAGAUGUGGAAGCACAGAAACCCGAGCCACAGGGCAUCAGGUCCCUCCCCCCUUUUCAGGACUUGCCUAACCAAUCUGCUGUCACUGAGCAACAUUGGGGCUGCCUGGGUGUCAACUCUGGAAAGCGUAGCACCCCGCUGCCCUCUCAACCUCGCUGCCCAAACCCCAGGCCCCGACGGGCCCGAACCUGGAGGGAUGGCAGCCGAUGGGGGCGUGGAAGACAUUAGGAAGAAAAGGAACGGCCAAGACUCUUUUUUCUUUAACAAGCAUUUAACUCUGCAUCAGGAGACGCCAACACAGUAUUCUCUUUCAGCCAGGAAGAUCCCUCCUGCGGCAGAUAGCCCCAUGCCCUCGCCAGCAGCCCACACCUCCACCCCCGUUCCAGCAUCCGUUUUACAGCCUUUCAGCAACCCCAGUGCUGUGUAUCUUCCUUCAGCCCCCAUCAGCUCGAGACUCACCUCUUCUUACAUAAUGACAUCAGCCAUGCUCUCAAACGCAGCUUUUGUGGCGUCGCCGGACCCGAGCGCCCUCAUGUCACACACCACAGCUUUCCCCCAUGUGGCUGCAACCCUCAGCAUCAUGGACUCAACCUUCAAGGCCCCAUCCGCCGUGUCCCCGAUACCAGCCGCCAUCCCUUCCCCAUCCCACAAGCCAUCCAAAACCAAAACCAGCAAAUCCUCAAAAGUCAAAGACCUGUCCGCCCGUAGCGACGAGUCUCCAAGUAACAAAAAGAGGAAGCCGCAGCCUUCGACUUCCUCCUCCUCCUCCUCAUUAUCCUUGCAGACAUCCCUCUCGUCUCCAUUAUCAGGGCCCCACAAAAAGAACUGUGUGUUGAAUGCCAGUUCAGCUUUGAACUCCUAUCAGGCGGCCCCUCCCUAUAACAGUCUGUCUGUGCACAACUCCAACAAUGGGGUGAGCCCACUCAGUGCCAAACUGGAGCCCUCAGGACGGACCUCGCUGCCCAGUGGCCCCGCGGACAUAGUGAGACACGUGGGCUCGGUGGGCGGCAGCAGUGACUCCUGUCCCCUCUCUGUGCCCUCCCUUGCAGGGGACCUCUCUCUGGCCUCACACAAUGCCGUGUCUUCGCUGCCCCUCUCUUUUGACAAAUCAGAAGGAAAAAAGCGUAAGAACUCGAGUUCUAGUAGCAAAGCCUGUAAAAUCACUAAAAUGCCUGGUAUGAAUAGCGUUCACAAAAAGAACCCACCCGGCCUUCUCGCACCGGUGCCCGAUCCCGUUAACAGCACCUCCUCUCGGCAGGUUGGGAAAAAUAGCAGCCUACCUUUGUCACAGUCCAGUCCUUCAAGCAUAUCCAGCCCAGGACACAGCCGACAGAAGACCACCAACAGAACGGGCAGGAUCAGGACUCUUCCGUAACAAGACUGUGAAGCCACUUCCAAACCAAUGCCUGGCCACCCGGGGCUGAGGCGGGAGGAGGAGGGAGGGGUGUGCGCAGCCGGGGAGAGUUGUUUCCUGUGCCGGCGGGUGGCUCUGGCCUUUCUUCUUCCUUUUUUAAUUGACCGGUUUUGAGUUCCGAAGAGAAAGCAAAAGGCAAAAGAACGUGAAUUUAAGAUUCACAGAAAACAGUACCAGUGUUUUGUGUCGGUUCCUUCAUUUGCCACGUGUACGCGUUCUUCCAAGUUCGGGGUCGGCCCUCUAUAGCUGCCGAUGCUGCUGCCGCACCAUCCUUUUGCUCCAGCCAGGAGAGCAGACGCUGCAAGUGUCAGUUCCUGGUUGGCGUUGUCUGAAACUCUUGAACUUGAGCACACGCCGUGCUCCUUCCGUCGACCUCUCCCACCUGUCCCUUUCAUCCCCUCCCACCUGCCGCUCACGGGGUCCCCACUGGCCUUCGGGAAGGGGCUGGCUCUCACGAGCUCCCCUCUGGACAGCGUGCUGGGGGAGGGGCUUUGCUGGGAAACAGCCUGUGUCUCUGCCGAGAGCGGAGAGCUGCGGGGCCGGGCUGAGCGCCCCCAGCAGGUUCCUGCGCUGCACCAGCACCGUAGGAGCCCGACGCUGUGGGCAAGUUGGAGAAAAGUGGCCACUGAACUAUGUCGUUUACCCAAUACCACUGUCCAGCUGUGCAGCUCAGAGAGGAUAUACUGGGUCAGGAACAGGGGCUGGAAUGGGCCUGGAAGGUGACAGGAAGCAGAGCGUAGGGGUAGGGGAAGAUAUCCCUCAAAAGACCGAGGAAACUGGGUGACUGAUCAUCGGAGCUUGUUAGGAAUCCACGCUGCCAAAUCCCUUCCCGGGUGCCGUGCACAAGGGCCCCAAAGCUGGGUGAGCCAGAGAGGGAGGAAUCCCAGGGAAAAGGCACGAGACCCCAGUGCCCACAGCGAUGGAGGUUCCUAAGCUGCCCUCCGGGGCCAGGCAAGAGGAGAAAACGCAAGGGUGGGGGUGCAGGAAGGGUCUGAGGGAAAGCUUCCGUGGAGGGUUAAGUAUCCAACGCCUGGUGAGAAUAAAUACUAGCACUGCCCGCGCCCCUCCGUGCCCUGGGCCCCAGGGUCCCGUGCAAUCAGCAUUCCCAUAGAUCAGCUUAUACUAGGUUAUCACAAGCCCCGACUCACAGCACCCCCACCCCCAGAAAGGCAUAGUAAGCCCAGCCACCGCCUAAUGAGGAAGAGCCAUUUGGAAGAGAGGGAAGAAAGAAGCCAGAGCCCUGCAGCUACAAAACUGUUCACACUGGAGUUUUGAAAGAAGUAGCAAUACGAUUAGCUCUAAGAGGGAAUCAUAAUCAGGAAUUCACAAUAUGACAUAGGCAUCCUGCGCUAUUAAUCAUGAAACUUUGCGGACGAGAUAAUAGCAAGAGAUCCUAGGAAGUUUUGCUUCAUCCCUAAAUCAGAAAUGAAUGCCAGUUUUACAGCUGGGCCCAAACCCUCAUCCCGGCCCUCAAGUUCCCCUUUUCUGCCCCAUCCCCUCAACCCAAAGAUCAGACUACUGUUAAGUUUCACCACAUUAGAUUUUGGGAAGACGGGAAGCAAACGGAGUGAUUUGUAUCAAUGGAAUUGCACUGACAGUGUUUCUUAUAGGAUUCCUAAAAUUUUUAAUAUAAAAUGAAGAUUUUUUUAAAAAUCAGGAGUUGACAUUAGGUACCAGGACAUUAGUUCAGACGAUUUCAUUUUUAUUUCUACAGUGUUAAAAGUGCACUUAUAUGCUGGUUUAUUUACGUCUUGGGAAAAAGAGACUGCAAAUUGAAGGAAGAUGGUUACUCUUUCUUUUUAAAAAAAAAAAAAAGUUAAGGCAGAUUUUAAGACUUAUAAAUGUUUAAGAAAUUAUAAACAGGUUAGACCCUUUGGAAAAAAGUUUAGAAGAUAUUCUUAAAGUAAAUUUUUAUAGUGUUAAUUUUGUAAUAAUUUAUGUUUUACUAUAUUACAGAGCUAACUGACCAGAAUAGUUUCAGAAACAAUAUGAAACGUAGGAAAGUUUAAGCAAUGUUUAUAUUUUUAAAAUGUUCUUUGAAUUAUGUUUUUAUUGUACAUUUAUUCCAACUGAAAAGUAUGUACAUAUCUUUGUUAUUUUUGCACAACUUUUGUCUUGUUCGGUUUUAAGAAGUCUGUUGGUUUUUUUUUGUUUUGUUUAUAAUUUAUUUUAAGUUGUAAAAACUUGCAGGAGUAACAAAAAACAAAAAAAAAAAUCUCAGCAACAAAAUAACCCUCUGAGUUAUAAACUCUUACACUCGAAGAGGGAAAACAAAGGUUGAGAGAUUAAGUGGCUGCUUCUGAGAAAUAAUGUCUUGACAGGGACUAACGGAGCAAUUCAAUAGGUUUCCAUGUGUGAGCUGUCUCCAUCUGGAAUUGCAAGCUGGAAUAAAGAGGCCCCCCACCGAUGCUGCUUACUUGGUGAAAGACUGGCUCUGACCAAGGUGAGGACAUUGCUGGAAAACGGAGCAAAAAAGGGAAAACCCACGGUGUUUCUUCCUUCACAAUCAACCACAGGUUUACUUUAUAACGAUGUAUUAAAAACUCACAGCUUGAAAAGUGGAAUGCAAAUAAAAGGUUUUCUUUGGGUUUGUUUUAAUGGA